AUGUCCCUGCCAACAGUCCCCAUUAACGUCGAUUAUGAGGAGGAGAGGAGCACAAUACAGACUUUCCUUACAAAGUUCACAAUCGAGGAAGAUGUAACGCGUCGCAUUGCAACUUUGGACAUCGGCGACGUUCAGGAUGGGCUCGAUAGUCAGGACAAGACUCCGAAAUACGUUCACCAACUGCAACAAAUCGCUAACCGUGAUCUGCAAAUGUUGGUUAUCGAUUUGGAGGAUUUACAUAAGUUCGAGGGAACCGUCGCCCGGCUCGUAUCCCGGAUACGACAAAACACCCGUCGUUAUGUUAGCCUCUUCUGCGAGGUUGUCGACAAACUACUACCGCCUCCGACGAAGGAUAUAAGCGAACAGGACGAAGUCAUAGAUGUUAUUCUUCAUCAGCGCAGAGAGCGAAAUGAGCAGACACCAGAGGGGUUUCCAGAUCAUCUCCUACGACGCUACAACUUAUACUUUAAGCCUUUGGAUUCUGAAAUUCCGCUAGCGGUUCGCGAAAUUCGCAGCGCCCAGCUUGGCAAGCUCAUCACGGUUCGAGGAAUUAUAACAAGAGUAUCCGAAGUCAAACCACUUUUGCUCGUCAAUGCUUACACAUGCGACGUCUGUGGCUCGGAGACCUUUCAAGACAUCUCCAACAAAACAUUCAACCCGAUAGUCGACUGCCAAAACGAAGCAGAGUGCAAGAAAAAUGGUAUCCACGGGUCCUUACAUAUGCAAACUCGGGCGUGUCGAUUCAGCCCUUUCCAGGAGGUCAAAAUCCAAGAGAUGGCUGAUCAAGUACCCGUCGGCCACAUCCCCCGUUCUAUGACUAUCCAUGUUAACGGAAACCUCACGAGAUUGGUGAAUCCUGGUGAUGUUGUACACUUGAGUGGAAUUUUCCUGCCGACUCCAUAUACGGGAUUCCAAGCCAUCCGUGCUGGUCUUCUAACUGAUACGUACCUCGAAACUCACUACAUCUACCAACUCAAGAAGCAGUACAGCGACAUGGAAAUGACGCCCGAGAUUCAUCAAAGUAUCCUAGAGUUGAGGCAGGAUCCGGCCCUUUACCACAAACUCUCUCAGAGCAUCGCGCCUGAGAUCUACGGACAUGAAGACGUGAAAAAGGCGUUGCUUCUUUUGCUCGUUGGAGGGGUGUCGAAGCAAACUGGGGAUGGUAUGAAGAUCAGAGGAGACAUUAAUGUUUGUCUCAUGGGAGACCCCGGUGUUGCCAAAUCCCAAUUGCUGAAGUUUAUCUCUAAAAUCGCUCCCCGAGGCGUUUACACCACCGGAAAGGGUUCCUCUGGCGUCGGGCUUACAGCAGCGGUCAUGCGAGAUCCCGUAACCGACGAGAUGGUUCUUGAGGGCGGUGCUCUGGUUCUUGCUGACAACGGCAUUUGCUGCAUCGACGAGUUCGAUAAAAUGGAGGAGACUGAUCGUACGGCCAUCCACGAAGUCAUGGAACAACAAACGAUCUCCAUAUCGAAGGCUGGCAUAUCGACAACGCUCAACGCUCGCACUUCCAUUCUUGCCGCCGCUAAUCCACUCUACGGACGGUACAACACCAAAGUAUCGCCGAACGAAAACAUCAAUCUACCUGCUGCUCUGCUCUCUCGUUUCGACUUGCUGUUCUUGAUCCUAGAUAAACCAUCGAGGGAAGACGAUGAACGACUGGCGCAGCAUGUCACCUAUGUUCACAUGCACAGUCGGCAUCCACAACUUGAUAUCGAGCCCGUUGAACCACACACAAUGAGACAUUACAUCGCCAUCGCUCGCACGAAGCGCCCAACCGUGCCUCCUCAUGUGUCGAGCUACAUUGUCGACUCUUAUGUCCGUCUGCGAAAAAUAUCCAAGGACGACGAAAAGGCACAUACUUAUACUUCUGCCAGAACGCUCCUCGGCGUUCUGCGUCUCGCCCAGGCACUCGCCCGCCUUCGUUUCGCCGAUGCCGUUGAAGUCGAAGACGUCGAUGAGGCUUUGCGAUUGAUGGAAUGUAGCAAAGAGAGUCUUCAAGAAGAUAACGAAAAGGAGUUCGAACCAGACAAAUCGGCCACCAGUCAGAUCUUCCGACUCAUCAAGGAAAUGGCGGGCGUUGGACGAGCGAGCACACGUAAAUCGAAACGUAGAAAGACAAAGCGACUGGGUAAGGGACCUGGAGGACAGCGAGACAUGGACAUUGACUCCGACGAGAGUGACGAAGAUGAUGAAGAGUUGUCCAUGGUCGAUAUUCGUGCUCGUGUCAUCAAGGCGGGCUACACGGAGGUUCAGCUUAUGCAGACCAUUACCAAUUACGAAGCAAUGGAUAUCUGGAUGCGGGUGGCGAAUGGCGCCAAACUACGCUUCAUUGAUGACGACUCGUAG